GUGGUGUUGUUGUAUUUUCGUGGUGUUUUGGGGUGAGACCAGGAAACCAUGUCCAAUUCUUGGUUGUCCAAGAAAAAGCCGAAGACCAACAUGAACGACAUCGUAGCCGAGCUCCGUCGCAAGAAGAUCUUACUGUUGGCCAUAGACUUCGACCAGACUCUAUUGGAGAUCCACACGGGCGGGAUGUGGACGGACGGCGUGGAGGACCUCCUCGAACACAUCAGACCGGCCAUGCUACAGCUCAUAGAUGCAGCCCUGGACGAACCGAACUCCAUCAAGGUUUCCAUCGUCACUUAUUCCAUGCAACCGUGGCUCAUCCAUGAAUUACUUGCUCUGGCUUUAUCGCACAGAAACACCAGCCAGAUCAUCGUCCGCGGAAACACUCCCGACUGGAUAAACAACCACAGCCAGUGGACGGCCGGCAAGGAAGAACACAUCUCCUGGGUGGUGGCGCAGCUCUGCGACCAGUCUCCAUCACUGGACAUCAAAGCCGAGAACAUCCUUCUGUUGGACGAUGACCCCGAGAACAUCAAACUGGCCCAGACCUUCCUGCACCGAACAUUCCUAGUUGAUUCGACCUUUUCACUCGAUCAUUUACAUAAAUACCUUUGCUCCCUCUGAAGUUCCAGCCUACACGGGACCCAUUCCUCUUCUCACCUGUACAGAAAAAAUUGUUGCUAAUGUGGCCCCCACUGAAGAGAGAAUUGGUCUGAACUAGUCUGGAUCGGGGCAGACUGUAAAGGACUGGUUCUGGAGUACUUUUAUAUAAUUAAGUAAAUGUUAUUUUAUCAGA